AUGAAUGUCGGUCUGAGUAGUCAAUUUGUUGCCUUGGAGCUCAUUGGCAGGGGGUCUUUUGGCUCAGUAUGGAAGGUUGAAAGGAAAACAGAUGGAAAGUGGUUCGUCAGAAAAGAGGUAUCCUACAUGAAGAUGAAUGCCAAAGAGAUAUCUCAAGUGAUAGCUGAGUUCAGAAUUCUUAGUGAGUUAAGCCAUCCCAACAUUGUGAAGUACCUUCAUCACGAACAUAUUUCUGAGAAUAAAACUGUCAAUUUAUACAUGGAAUACUGUGAUGGUGGAGAUCUCUCCAAGCUGAUUCGAACACAUAGAAGGAACAAAGAGUACAUUUCAGAAGAAAAAAUAUGGAGUAUUUUUACGCAGGUUUUAUUAGCAUUGUAUCGUUGUCAUUAUGGAACUGAUUUCACGGCUUCAAAGGAGUUUGAAUCGCUCAAUAAAGGUAAUAGACGAACCCAGAAUCCUUCGUGGGUAGACUCGACAAGAGUUAUUAUUCACAGGGAUAUAAAACCCGACAACAUCUUUCUGAUGAACAAUUCAAACCUUGUCAAACUGGGAGAUUUUGGAUUAGCAAAAAUUCUGGACCAAGAAAACGAUUUUGCCAAAACAUACGUCGGUACGCCGUAUUACAUGUCUCCUGAAGUGCUGUUGGACCAACCCUACUCACCAUUAUGUGAUAUAUGGUCUCUUGGGUGCGUCAUGUAUGAGCUAUGUGCAUUGAGGCCUCCUUUUCAAGCCACUACACAUUUACAAUUACAACAAAAGAUCCAAGAAGGGACAUUCCCUCCACUUCCGGACGUAUUUUCACCCCGGUUAAGAUCUCUGAUCAAUGCUUGCAUAACCAUAGACCUGAACCAACGACCAUCUACUCACGAACUUCUUCAGGAAAGUUGCUUCAAUGUGUAUAUCAAGGAGGUUAAUUUAGAGAUAAGGGAGGACAGAUUGAAUGAGCGUGAACGCAAACUGAAAAUACGAGAGAACAAGUUAAUCUUGAGCGAAGAGGGAAUAGUGAAACAACUGAAUGAAGAACUGGAAUUUCAAAGAAAGUUGCUUGAACAAGAAGUAGAGGAAAUAAGGAAGUCAUACAAGAACGAAUUUCAGUUCGUACUGGAACAACAGGUGCAACAGGCAUUGAGCAAAAUUCUAGGUCCCCAAUACAAUCAAAAGCCAUUGAACAGGAAUCAGCAACAAAAACAAAUACAACAAAUUUACAGCAGACAGGAUCCGCAAUUAUCAAGCCCAAAGUCACAACAAGCUCAGAUCCAAGGACCAAGAGAGUUGCUUAAAAGAGGAGCCAACAUUGAUCGUAACAAUCUGCGGCGCCCUCUCGGACUUAUUGACGAAGAGCAGCAACAAUACAACAGAUAUAGGUAA